UAUUUUUUUGAGUGUAACGUACUCAGCUGCCAAGCUGAGAUCUGCAAAGCAGCACGCAGAAAACAAAUAUGUUUACAAUGGCGAUACACUGAAUUACGAAAAUUCUAGAGCAGGAGGUUGCGAUUCCAAAAGAGAAAGUAAAUGUAUUAGACAGUAAUGUAUUACUAUUUUCCUUGAAUUCUAUUUCUAAUGAAAAAUUCUGAACAAUAUGUGGAUAGUUGUGUGACAAAAGUCUACUUACACUAAAAAGGCUAACAGCUCACCAAUUUUUCGUGGAUUAUUGCGAAAAAGACGUAAACAAAAACAAUUAAAAACAAAAAAUCAUACCUAUCGACGCUGACGAUGGAAUCAAGCUUGAAUAAAAUCUUGUGUAUGAAUCGACAACAGCUUAGCGGACAAUUGUACAAAUAUACUAAUGUGGUAAAAGGAUGGCAGUAUCGCUGGUUCACAGUUGAUGCACAGGCAGGAUUACUCAGCUACUAUCUAUGUGAGCCGUCAAACGAUGAUUCUAACCCGCACAUAGUAGGUAACGCUCCUCGAGGACAGGUGCAUCUGGCUGGGGCAGUAAUCUGUCCGAGUGACGAAGACUCCAAAACGUUCACUGUGAAUUGUGCAUCGGGCGAUAUGAUGAAGCUGCGAGCAGGUGAUGCUCGCGCCAGACAAGAAUGGGUCGAUGGCCUUCGUGCGAUCGUCGAAAGCCAUUCGAUUUCGGCUAUUUCAUUGGCACCCCGCGAUCAACUCGCCGCACACGACGCAUUCGGUGUGGCGCGUCAACAGAUGCAACAAACUGAGCUGAGCAAUGCGGCAUUGGCGCGUGCCGUCGAGAACGUAGCAAGUCCUCUCACGCACACUGAUCCGGAUCUAUUACUGCUGAAAGCCCUGUCCGCAGCCAACACACACUGUCUGCUUCAGUGUUUGGGAUUACUUCAGAGACACCACGAGCAGGCUGACGCACGAAAUGAACCGGCGUUUUAGGAGCAGUAUGUAAUUUGACCAAUAAACUUAUCGAACAUCAAAGCUCAGUAGCUCACGGUCAAGACAUAGGGCGAAUACUAUCCCUUCAUAGGCUUUCUGCAUUUUGCAAAACGGAACAAAGUUCGGUAGAUACUAUUUGAUUUUUAUUGCAUCAAGCACUUAAUACAAGUAAAUACAAGUUUAAACUGCAAAACCA